UUCCAGGAUGUUGUUGGUCUGAAACAAAGGGGGUCCGGAGCGCUCCUGUCUCUGCGCGAUCCAUUCGAGGCGCAGUCCGCACUCUGACAGACCCCACGAUCACCGAUCUCCGCAGGGUAGAAGUUCCGUCCUUUUCGCGUCUCCUGGAUGGGAAAGAUGGACACGGAAGCGGAAUGGUGGAAAAGCCAGCUCGCCGCGGAUAUCCAUCAAGCGCUUCGCAUCAAGGAGCUGAAGUUGCCAGCGUACCGGGCCCACUCCCCACAGAUUGGCGUGCGGCGCUACUUUGCUGAUCUGCUGGCCAUCCUCAGCAACCGCUACCAGCUGUGCCCCACGGCGCGCCACCUGGCCGUCUACCUGCUGGACCUCUUCAUGGACCACUAUGAUGUGGCGGUCAAGCAGCUAUACGUCAUCGCCCUGUCCUGCCUGCUCCUGGCCAGUAAGUUUGAGGAGAAGGAGGACCGCGUGCCCAAGCUGGAGCAGCUGAACGCGCUGGGCUUCAUGUGCAGCCUGAACCUGGUGCUCAGCAAGCGCGACCUGAUCAGGAUGGAGCUGCUGCUGCUGGAGACCUUCGGCUGGAACCUGUGCAUGCCCACGCCCGCCCACUUCAUCGACUACUACCUCCACGCUUCCGUGCACGAGAGCGACCGCCACAACGGCUGGCCCCUCCCCUCCCUCUCCAAGACCAAAGCCUUCGUGGACAAGUAUACGCAUUACUUCCUGGAGGUGUCCCUACAGGACCACGCCUUCCUGAGUUUCCGGCCCUCCCAGGUGGCGGCGGGCUGCAUCGCGGCGUCCCGGAUCUGCCUGCAGAUCUCCCCCAGCUGGAGUGUGGGCCUGCAGCUGCUGACCGGCUACACCUGGGAACACCUGUCCCAGUGCAUCCAGCUCAUGCUUCUGGCCCAUGACAACGAUGUGAAAGAGGCCAACAAGAUUAAAUCCAGCUCUCAGUCCAGCCAGGGGUUGCUGAGGGCCCAGGGCCAGGGCUUGCCCCCUUCCAUGUCCUCCUCCUCCUCUUCAUCACAACAGCUUCUCUUCCAGGCAGACGGUCCCACGCACCUCUCCCAGCGCACAGCACCCAUGUCCCGACUGCAUGUGCUAGGCGACUCCCAGGCUUUGGGGCCUGCAGUGUCUCAAGACUACCUCCAGCCCCAUGCGGCGGGCCCGCUGUCGGGUCCAGCUGCUGGGGGCUCCUUUCACUCGUACCCGGGCCUGGCGUCCGGCCUGCGCUCGCUGCCCGUCCAGGGGCCGAUCUCCAUGCAGGUGGCCGUCUCGGCCGAGCCGCGGCACUGCCUGGGAGCAGCGUACGGAGCCGGCUUCCUGGCCUCGCACCACGGCUUCGCCACGGGCUGCUUUGACAGGUGACGCCAGGCGAGGGAGGACAGAGACAAACCGAAGCGUCCUGUCUCCCGUCCCUCCCCCGGCACCCCUCCACCCCCUGCC